AACAUAAACUUUUCUGGUUUUAAUCCGACCUUGAACUUCCUCUAAUGAAGUUUAUUAGAUGCCGAGGCUGAACAAAUCCAAGUUCAAUACCAAACAAGGAAAACAGGAGCAACUAACAAAAGGUCUGGCAAAGCGCCCACAAAGGGGUUAACAAGUAAAGAGAAUGCCAAUGAAGAGAGCGGUAAUAAACAUUGGGUUUUGGGGCAUUCUGCAAGAUCAAAGUUGCAGCAAACUGGUUCCACUCAUCAUCUGGAACCUUCAGGUUUCGGUCUAGGUUGGAUGAAUCCAAUCAGGUUGAGGCUGUGGAUGUUUUGGAGAUAUUUAAGGUGAACAAGGAUUCAUUCCUAGAUAUUCUUCAGGAUCCUGAUCUUGGUAUUGUACAGCAUUUUCCUGGAAACCGAGCUUCCAAGGCAGUAAAAUUAACAAAAUCAGGCUCAUUUCCGAUGCCUCAUUCGCCUCGCACUGGGUAUCUUAUGUCUACUACACUUGAGCACAAGCAGAAGGAAGUAUGGUCAUUCCAAAGGGGUGAAAAAUCUGUUCUUGAUGCUGGAUUAUCCAAAUCAAAGGCUACAACGGAACCGACGAUUGUUUUCGGAGCAUCAUAAAAGAAGAAGCAAGCUCUUCAUCCCAGGGAAUAAACAGAGAAUAAAGCAGGCCCUCCAGGAAAGGAGAAAGAGUAUUCACUGUACAAGUGCCAAUGAGUUCUCCCUCCAGGUUUCUUCAAGAGAUACAUUGUCCGCAUAUGACAGACAAACGUCGGAAAGCUCGGAAAAGACUGCCAAAAGUUUUCCGCCAAACAAUGCUUAUGAUCACGACAUCGACAAUGGGAGACUGAAAAGGAUGAUAAGAACAAAGUCUAUAAAUGAGUCCCUAGAUAGAUACACUCAAUUGUUUCAUCAUAGUGGAAGCAAAGAAGCCAACUUGAAUCAGUAAAGGAGCUUAAAGUUGAGGAAUGAACAUAAAGUUGCAUCAAGAGGGAAUAAUGCUCCCAAGUUUUUCAGAAGGAUUUCAUCCCCAUCUGACCUUCAAUCCUUUUGCUCCCUUCUAUAUGAGGUGUCUCGCAACGCUCUUUCUUCAGAGACCCCAAACAGGAGCAUCCAGAAUAAUGAUGCAGACAAGGAGACCGAUGCACAUAAUGAGCCAAAACCAACUAGUUUCCCUCAAGAUACUGAUAAAUCUGAAGUAGCAGAAGUCGUUAUAGAUGCUGAAUUGCAGGAAAACACAAGAAAAGGAUCGAAUAACCAUGGUUCAACCGGUUUACCAGUGGAAAAAAGUUGCGAACAAGUUACUAAACCUUCAAUGAAGAAGUUGAGCUUAUGCAACGAACUUCAGAUAUAAGUGAUAUAACCAGCACUGCGAAGCUUUCAAUUUCAGAAGGUAAAUAUGUCUUACAACAUGAACUUGCACAUCAAUGCGAUUAAGAUUGAACCAAUGAACAAUUAAUAAACUUUUUUUCAUCUGUUCUUUGAUGACUAAACGGAGUUUUUUGAGAAAGGCGCAAAAUAAGCCAGGAAAGUGUCGAUUAUAAGACCAUGGGAAACAGCAAUCGGAUCCUAUUCUUUGAACCAGAUGGGGAGGCUGAUCCUUGGUACAAUUACGUCAAAGACAUUCUCGAGCUCUCAGGUUUCACACAAGAUGAGGGGAGCCAAACGUGGUUCUCACCGGACCAACCAUUGGACCCUUCCAUCUUCAUGGAAUUAGAGACUCUGUUCUAUCCUGAACUGGAAUCCACCAUUGAUGAAGCUGGAAGCAACUGUAAUCACCAACUGGUUUUCGAUCUCGUUGAAGAGGCAUUAUUUGAGAUCGGUGAAAAAUCACCUGCAUAUUUCCCCAAGCACUUCUCUUUCGACUUUCACAUUAGACUGAAGCUCAAGAGAAACAAUGUUGUUGAACAAGUGUGGACCCAAGUUAGCAAAAACCUGGUAUCCCAACCAGAGCAUGACCAGUCAUUGGAUGAUAUUGUAGCCGGAGACAUGGACAAAAAUGCAUGGAUGAACCUACAAGCCGAAUUUCAAGUGGUGGCACUUGUGCUAGAAGAUUUAGUUUUUUAUGAGAUUUUAGAUGAAGUACUUAUUUGUUUUUGACACAAGAAAUUUAGGGCAAAUAAAACUUGGGUUCUUGGUGGAAUCCGAGUUCAUCCAUGAAUAAACAAGAUUUCAUAGUUGUAGGA